AUGAACUAUCUGCUUCGCAAGGAGCGCAUUGUUGAGCUGUUGACGGAACCUGCUGACAUAGAUGCGAUACGCGAACAGGGAUGGAUGUCCCACAAACCGCCUAGGUUACCUCCACUAGUGUCAACAAAGGCAUGUUUUGCUUUUUACGUGGAAGGUUCGACAGUGAGCUCAGUAAGAGAGCUGUCGAGCGAUGAGUUGAAACCUUGGACUACUACCGGUACGUUUUUCCAUACCCAGUAGUU